UGUGGGUGCGCGAGGCGUUUGCGCCAUGUUAGCGCCGCUGCAGCUCAGCUGCUAAUACAGCUAUAAGAACAUAUGCUGGCUUGAUGGAAUGGGUGACAAAAAAAUCUAAUUUAACAUAUCGUGGAAAGGACUGACGACCAUGUCGGCGUGAAUAUGUUGUAAAGGAGAGACUAGACGCAGGAGGGAUUAUUCCUGUAUUUGGCUUUGCGCGUGCGUGUGGCGCGCGCGUGCGUGCGUGCGUGCGUGCGUAUGCGUGUGAAGGCUGCUGGCCCUCUUUUAGGAGAAACAGCAAAUGGGGCUUUUUCGGUUUUGCAGCAGAUGAACAUCGUCCUUCUCUCUGCCUCCGGCUUUCCUUAUUUCCUCCAUCACAGCUACAUCACCAUUUACCAUCACCUGGACUCUCUCUCGGACCUGUAUAUGACGACGGUGCGGGGACAGUAAUGACAGCACGCUUCCGGUUGCCUGCUGGCCGAAGCUCCGAUGUGGGAGAGUCUGAAGUGGCACGAGACAGACCGAGCUCACAGGUGGUGUGUAACGUUUUGCUGCUGGACAACACGGUGCAAGAAUUCAGAGCUAAUAAGCAGGAUCAGGGUCAGGUCUUACUGGAUGCAGUCUUUAAACAUCUGGAACUGACGGAGCAAGACUAUUUUGGACUUCAGAUCACCGACGACUCCUUGGACUGCCAGAGGUGGCUGGAUCCGAGCAAGCCGAUAAGAAAACAGCUGAAAAGGGUCACUUCAAAUAAUCUAAGUUUCAGGGUGAAGUUUUUUGUAAGCGAUCCAAGCAAACUUCAAGAGGAGUACACAAGGUACCUGUACUUUUUGCAGUUGAAGCAGGACAUCCAGAGUGGGAAGUUACCGUGUCCCCAGAAUGCAGCAGCAGUUUUGGCCUCUUACGCUGUUCAGGCCGAGCUGGGGGACUACAGCCAAUCGGAGCAGUCACCGGACUACCUUUCCGAGUACAGCUUCAUCCCAAAUCCGCCGGAGGAUUUCGAGAAGGAGGUCGCCAAACUGCACCAGCAGCACACUGGACUCACUCCUGCUCAGUCAGAGUUUAACUACUUGAAUUCUGCCAGUUCCUUAGAGCUGUAUGGAGUAGAACUGCACUAUGCUCGAGACCAGAGCGCCACUGAGGUCCACAUUGGUGUGAUGGCAGCUGGGAUUUGCAUCUAUAAAAACAGGGUACGGGUCAACCACUUCCUUUGGGUGAAAAUUGUCAAAAUAUCCUUCAAAUCAAGACAGUUUUUUAUCCAACUACGGAAAGAAUCGAGUAAGAGCAGGGAGUCCCUGUUGGCCUUCAGCAUGGCAAACUACAGAGCGUGUAAGAACGUAUGGAAGGCCUGUGUGGAACACCACACGUUUUUCCGGCUGGAGCGGCCCAUACCCCCCCAGAAGAACUUCUUCACGCACUACUUCACUCUCGGCUCAAAGUUCCGUUACUGCGGAAGAACAGAGGCUCAGUCUGUCCAAUACGGAAAAGAGCAAGGCGUGAAGGACAGAGUGUUCGCCAGGUCACCCAGCAAGCCAUUGGUCAGGAGGUUGGUGAGUGGGACAGACUGGGAGACAGUGAGCAGGAACUCUCUCUCAGACGAACGACUGGAGACACAAAGCCUGCCCAACCGUUCGCGCCCGGGUUCGCCAAAUCACUCCAUAUUUGCUGCGGAUGGCACCCGAGUCCGGCCGUCCUCCAUUGGGCACCUGGUGGAUCACGUGAUCGAUGACUCGGUGUGCCAAGCUUUCACCAACCAUAAGUCGGCAUCGUCAACACAGGCUAACAGCAUCAGCCUGGACUCGACCCCAUCUCCAGAUAGUGCAAUAGACAGCCAACCUCCUGCACUUCCACCAAAGCAGUCCAGGAAGAACCUGAUCAGUCACAUCAGCCAAUCCCGAUCUGAGCUUGAGCUCGAUGACCACUCCGCAGAACUCUAUGACGUUCCUGGAGCUUCAGAUAAGAGCAUGAAUGGAGCAGUUCCACACGACAACCUCGUCCUGAUCAAAAUGAAACCGGAUGAAAACGGACGUUUCGGAUUUAACGUUAAGGGUGGCGCUGAUCAGAGAAUGCCCAUCAUUGUGUCUCGCGUCGCUCCUGGAACUGCGGCGGACCUGUGUGUACCGCGUCUUAACGAGGGUGACCAGGUGGUGCUGAUAAACGGGCGGGACAUCUCGGACUACACACACGACGACGUGGUCAUGCUAAUCAAAGCCAGCUGUGAAAACCAAUCAGGAGAGCUUAUUCUGCUAGUAAGACCCAAUGCAAUUUACGACGUGGACGAAGAGGAGGAGAAGCUGGAUUUGGAGCCGGAGUUCCAGUACAUUCCAGAAAGCCACACUCUGGAUCGCUCGCACUCAGACCCGGACGGUUGGAAAUCGUCCUUCCAGAUGCUGAGAGAAGGCCUGAGUAAUGGCUCUGUGCUCAUUCAGUUUGAUCAACUGUAUCGAAAACGACCCGGCAUGUCCAUGUCCUGCGCCAGGUUACCACAGAACCUGUCGAAAAACCGCUACCGGGAUAUUUCACCGUAUGACGCGACCCGAGUCGUCCUGCAGGGACCCGAGGACUACAUCAACGCAAACUACAUUAACAUGGAGAUACCAGGUGGAGGCGGUGUAAGGCGGUACAUUGCGUGUCAGGGUCCACUCCCUGCUACCUGCUGUGAUUUCUGGCAGAUGGUGUGGGAGCAGAGCGUCUCCCUGGUGGUCAUGCUCACCACACAGGUGGAACGGGGCAGGGUGAAGUGUCACCAAUACUGGCCGAACGUCUCCACCACUGGCACUUACGGGAAUUUCCAGGUCUCCUGCGUAUCUGAGGAUGGGAAAUCGGCGUAUCUGCUCCGAGCGCUGACGCUCACACACCUGGAGACUAAAGAAGAGAGGCAUAUUUGUCAGAUGCAGUACAUGGCUUGGCCCGAUCACGGUGUUCCAGAAGACUCCUCCGAUUUCAUGAACUUUGUGAGCUUGGUGCGUAGCAAGCGAGGAGACUUGCAGGACCCUGUGGUUGUGCACUGCAGCGCUGGGAUUGGUCGCACAGGGGUUCUGAUCACCAUGGAGACAGCGAUGUGUCUGAUCGAGCGGAGUCAAGACGUAUAUCCGUUAGACAUCGUCCGGACCAUGAGAGACCAGCGAGCCAUGAUGAUUCAAACUGCAAGUCAGUAUCGGUUUGUAUGUGAAGCCAUUCUGAGAGUGUAUAACGAAGAGAUAGUGAAGCCGCUGGAGCUGCCGGAGCUGACCGCAUGCACAACAGAGGAAUAAAGAGCUACCAUGUCCUGGAUUCCUUAGCGACUACAACUGUCCCUCUGUCACCUCCUGGUGGAUGGCUGCAUACAUGACCCCUGCAAAUUGGAACACAGGCGACAAAAGCACUAUUUGCACUUUAGAACAAAUGACCACUUGAGGGGAUUUACUAGAAAGACAAAUGCAUCAGGGUGUUGUAUAAGCAUUAACUUUUUAACAGUGAUAAACUUUCAGGGUGGAGGCAAAACUGAACAGAACUAAAAGACAAUAGAAAGUUGCUUCUUGUAGUGCCAUACACUGAAAUGAGCCAACCUGGAACAAACCCUUGGAUCACUUUCCUCUGUUCAAUGCUAUUUAUGAUUUUUUUUUUUAAUUAAAGAGUAAAAAAAAAAAGAGGCCUAUGUCCUUCCCACAUUUCACCAUUUCAUUUCAUGUCUUUCUAAAUCCCUGCUAUUUCUGACCAGUGAAAUUCAAGUUGUCUGCUUCUGUCCAUUGCUCUGAUGUUUUGAAUCUAACACCGACAUGCACACUUUCGAUUUAGGUCUUGAAUAUCUGUUAAAUUCAUAUCAUGGUUUAGGACAGCAGCUAAGGGUUUAACUACUGUAUACAGUGUUCGAAAUAAUGUGAAAAAUAAUGUGAUAAUGUUCCUUGUUAGCAAGACUUUUUUUUUGCUGUAACAUUUACUUAUGACACACCAGAUCAGGCUGACUGCUUUGGCAUGAAAUUAAUUCUUUUAUCAAAGGAUAUAAGUCAAACAAUGAUGUCAUUUAAAUCUACAUUAUAUUUUACCCCAUGUAAAUUUUGUUACCUAAUGCAUGUCGGUAGAAUUUUAUGAGGCUCUUGUACCACAUUUCAACCUUUUUUUUUUUUUAAAGUGUCUCACUGGAUAACUAAGGUAAAUGCACCUACGUAACUAACUGAGGCAAUGUCCACACUAAUAUGUUUUUGUUUGAAAACGUAUAUUUUUCAUCCACACUGAGACAGCAUUUUAAGUCAACGAAAACGUAGGUGUUGGAAGACGCUCUCCAAAGCGGAUAAAUUUGAAAACGCCAUCUUCGCGUCUUAGUGGACUGUGAAGACUGAGGCUUUUGAAUACUAUGACACAUUUUUAGUCAUGUGAUGCAGUCGAAAAGGAAUAAACGCCUAGCGGAAAUGACACAGGUCAAAGCUUUACUCAUGUGCAGUAGGGAGAUGUAAGCAGUUUCAUACGUUUCAGUGUGCAUGAGCAACUUUUGGAAAACGUUUGAAAACGAUAAAGUGGACGCGCAGCGUUUUUAGAUGUAAACUCCGUUUUCAAAUAUAUCCGGAUUAGUGUGGACAUGGCCUGAUAUAAAGGUGCUACAGGUCCAUCCCAGUCCUCUUGAAUCAUCAAGAGUGAGGUAAAAAUGCCGUGGUCCCCAACCUGCUACCUUGCAAACUGAAGGGUCUGUAGAAGCCUUAUAUCAGCAUCAAGUAACUAGCACUGUCUGAGACCCUAUACCAGACUGAACCAGGUUCUAAAGGGCCAGACCCAAUUCCAUGGGUACAGAACAAUGGUAUAAACCCUAUCCAUGUACCGUAGUACCUAUGCUAAAAGUGCUCUAGACCAGACCCCUUUAACUGGCUAAGGAAAUUAUGCUAAAAAUCCAGACUCUGUCCCAAUCUACCUAAGGUGCUAAUGUUGAGAGCUUUGUAACUGGCUAAGGAAAUGUUGCUGUAGACCCCAAACUUGUCCUGGAGCACCUAAGGUAAAGGUGCUAUAGCCCAGACCCCUGUAACUGGUUAAGGAAAUGAUGCUAUAGAGCCUGACCCUGUCCCAAUCUACCUAAGGUGCUAUAGCCCAGACCCCUGUCACUGGCUAAGGAAAUUAUGCUGUAGACCCUGUCCUUGUACUGUAUCCCCUGACACAAUUCAAGUCAAUAUACAUUAUAGUACAAUUAAAUUCUUUGCUGUGCUUGAUAGGAAGUUGGGGUCAUGGGGGUUAAGGUCUUUCCUCGAGGGUCCAACACUGAUGCUUGGGUUUGUUGAGGUUUGAACAGCAUCUUCAUUUCCACUAGCAAUAGAUAGUACCAGUAGUACCUUUGCCUGAGUCAGGUAGCAGGCUUAUAGUACCUUUUGAUUACUUAACCUUGUGCAAGGAAGGAACCUUUGAUAUCAUUACCUUCAUGAAAGAAGAGGUCCUAUGAAGCUUAUGUCCCUGUGCCUGGAAACUGAGGUGAACGUAUCAACAUUGUAUCUGAUAAAGUAAUGGUUCUGUAGGUAUUGUUCUGGUACUGGCAUUGGCUAAAGACGUUAGUACAAUUAAUACGGUAAUGAUAUGAUUAUGAUAGUAAUUGCACCUAGUCCGGUACCUGACUCCAUUAAAGCUACUAUUGCACUGGCCCUUGCCAAUGGAAAAUGAAGAUGACCUUGAUCACCGACCGAACAUGGGUAAUUAAGGUAGAGGGGGUAUAAGCCUUGCCCAUUUAACUGGAGAAUUAACAUAGAUUUAUUCUACACCUGAUUUCACAGAAAGCUCUAUAGACCGAGUACCUAAAAAAAUGUGUCGUUAACAUAACACUCAUCAUUAGUCCCUCAUCCUUUGUGAAUAAACUCAAAUUGUGGAAUACACACUGAAUUUCCUUUUGUUGUUAAUCUCCCUUUUCCCUGAAGAAACUGGAAAAAUUAUGUGACCAACUACUGUUUUCAUGUCUUGCUCUUAUUCCAUCCGUCCUGUUUUAAGAAUUGCACUCCACAAUGUAAAAGGGAUUUGGCUUCCAGGACCAACACCUGUUUUUGUCCUAAUGAAUGUCCAUCAAGCAGACAUGCGAGCUUCCGUGCGUGUUGUGAUGAAACUUAAGCUAUAGAUUUGCUAUUAAUAUUGUGUUGGGACAAUGGUAUUUUUGUAUUAUAAAGUUGAGAGAGAGAAAAAAAAGAGAGACAACACUUUGCAGCUGACUUUGUAGCCUGUCGAGCUACUUUAUUCUUACUGUAGUUAUGGGCAAAGGGGAGUCAUGUUGAAAUUAUAUUUAUGUCAAAAAAUUUGUUAAAUAGAGACACCUGUAGGAACAUCUCUUAACUACAUAGUGUCGAAUGUUAAAUAUUUGUAAAUAUGUUGUUAUAUAUUAAAAAAAGUGUUCUGAAAA